GGAAGUAGUUCUGGUCAGGAGAAAGUACCCCAGAAGGAGCUUUCUACCUUUUAAAGAAAGGUGCAGUACAUAAAGAGGAGGUCCUAGAUCCAUGCAGGGUACCCUGAGAUCUAUAUCAAAACACCUCAAUGGAGACAGAUGUCAACUGGCACCUUUGUUACUCAUAUUCAUUUCCCAAAGAUUGAAGGUGGACUGAGGAGAGGAUUUGUUCCAACAGAUUAAGAGUUUUAAUUAACUACAAGCUAAGUAUGAGUCAGGAAAAAAAUUACAUUAUAGCUAAAAAUGUUAAAAGUAUCUUGAGCUUCACUAAUCAAUGUUCAAGAUUAGAGGCACAAAUAAUGGCAUUACACUCUGUCACAGUCAAAUACUAUCUAGAACAUUGUGUUUAGUCAGUGAUGCUAUAUUUUUAAAAGCUAGGGAGAGUUCAGAUAAGGGAACCUAAAAUGGCAUAGGAAUCAGAGAGGAUGCCAUAUGAGGACUGAUUAAAGGAAUUAGAGAUAUUUAGCCCAGAAAAAAAAAAAAAAGAAAGAAAGAAAAUUUAGGGGGAAUAUUCAAGAAUGUGCUAGUAGAUGUUUACCAACUCACUCUAAAUGUAUACAUGAUACAUUUUUAAAUUUAAUCUGCAUUAAUUCUUCAUCAGUCAAGACAAUCAACAAAGCAGUAAAACAAAUCAUAUUUUUAACAUUUGUAGAUUUCCGAAAUAUAAAUGCUCACACUGAAAAUUUAAAAAUUGAUUUUCUAAAGCAUGUAGAAGCUGGCUUCAGUACCCUGGCAUUGAAGGCCAAAGGCCAAGAACCUGUCUCCUUGCUAAGUUUCUGAAUAUCACAAGAUUCACAACCCAGUCAAAUCUCAUUCAUAUUAACCCCUACCUUAUGAGUAGACUUCCUAACUCUUCAAAGUCUAUUCAUGCUUGCCUAGCUGGUUGGGACAGACUAACUACUGCUAUGUGAUGAGAAACACACCACUUCUUGCUCAUACCUGUCAUGUGAGAGAGGCUUCCACAUGCCUUCUAAGGCAUAGCAACAUGCCAAAUUGGGCAACUAAAGGUUCUGCCAAAACUUUGAUCAACCUUCAACUUCUAGUCAUUUGCCUCCAUCCACAGAACUUACAGAUAUCUAAUCUGGAUCUACUCCCAAAUACUUGGCAUGCUCCUAUUCCAUUCCAAUGAUGCAAAACCUCUAAAAUUUACAUAUUUAGUGAUGUGCACAUUUACUACAUAAAAAUCCUUGUCUUGCUUUGCUGGGCUGCUAACUUCUUCAAGGAGCUUGGCCUGCCCAUGAGAACAUAUAUCUCAUUUUAAAAUACCUUUGCUUAAGUUGGAGACUGUCUGAGCCUUUCAGAGGUUGUACCAUGACACAUACCUGAUACCUCAACAAUACCAGAAUCACAUGACUGGUAAAAUAAAAAUUAUAAUUUAGCCCAAAAAGAAAGAAAAUAGAAUCCAUAUGAAGUUUUGUUUUUGUUUUUUUUAAUGUAUAAUUUUAAGAUUGUGAUCAAAAUGGAGAACAACUGUGUCUAUUUCAUCUUAGUCUUUUGCUUGACCUUCAUCUGUGUCACUCUCACUGACUGUAGGUUUCCCCAAGGGUCUGUCCUAGACCUUCUCUAUUUUUUCCACAUUUAAGUUUGUUGAAUUUCAUCAGCUCUAAUGAGUUCAUUUAUCAUCUUUGCCAAUUCCAUAGACUUGGAGUGGAAAAUGCCAGUUGUACCGAUUGAGAACUAUGGAGACUGAAUGGAUAGAAACAUUUUUCUUUCUCAUGUUUUUUUUUUUUUUCCCCUCUUUUUCUGAUUUUUCUUGUAUAACAUAACAAAUUUGGAAAUAUGUUUAAAAGGAUUGUACAUAUUUAACCUAUAUCAGAUUGCUUGCUUUCUUGGGGAGGGAGGACAAAAGGGAGAAAGAAAAAUUUGGAACACAGUCUUACAAAAAUGAAUGUUAAAAACUAUCUUUACAAUAUUUGGAAAAAUAAAAUACUAUUGAAAAAAAUUAUUAUCUUUAUGCAGAUAAUUCCCAGAUCAAUAUAUCUAGUUCUAGUUCCACAUUACUAAUUGCCUAUUAAAUAUUUUGAAGUGGAUAUCCUGUAAAGUUUUCAAAUUCAGGAUAUCCAGAACUAAUUAUCUUUCUACAUAAGUCUACUUCUUGUCUAAAUUUUCCUAUUAUUGAGGGAACUAUGCUCCUUUCAGUCACCCAAGAAAGCUACCUCAAUAUAAGUACUUUUAAUUAAUUUUUUUUUUUUUUUCUGGAGGCUUUUGACUUUUUUUUUUUUUUUUUAAAUUGGGACAUGAUUUUCUAAACUGAUGUGUGAUUUCUGUGAUGUGGGUAACCUCUAAGUGAAGAAAGCAAUUUUUCAUGUCUGGUAAUUGGAGGGAGGGGUUCUGAGAGGUUUUGUGACUGGAGAGGAAGAAAAACACAGUCAAUAUGCUAUUGUUGUGGAUCUUGUUUAUCUACUGUAUCAUUGUAUCAGACUUGUCUCAUUGACUUUUGUUUUUUACUAGUGAUUCCAGUCAUCUCAUAUUUUCUUUUUUCCAUCUCUGUCACUUCAGUACUUUAUUAUCUGGUACUUUAGCAAUUAUUUUAAAAAUGUACUAAGUAUUUGACUUGCUCAUUUUGCCUUUUGCUUGAUUCUUAUUUCUUCGUGUUUGAUUUUUGUUUUUUUUUUUGGGGGGGUAGGGAUAUUUCUGGGUGUGUCUGAGAAAUCUAGAUCGUUUUGAACUGGACAACAUCAUCACCUUCUCCUCCUCCUUAAUAAUCUCUUGUUGUUCUGGUUAUCUCUUAGUUACCUUUUUUUGGAUUUUUUUGGCCAGGAGACAGGAAUGGUUUGUCAUUUCCUUCUCCAACUCAGAUCAAGAAUUGAAACAAACAAGGUUAACUGAACUGACACACUGCUGAGUCUAUGAGAGUACAGAUUUGAAUUUAAGAUGAUUUAUCUUCUGUACUCCAGGUCCAGCAUGACAGCACUCCAUUCACUGUGGCAUCUAGCUGUCCUCUUCAUAAUAACAACAACAAUAAAGAAUGACCUCCAGUGCACAUUUAGAGAUAGUUAUGGGAAGAAACUCAAAUUGCUUGAGAUGAGGAACACCCAAACUGACUAAUCCCUUCAGUUACUAAAAUCAGGAGUCUUAUCUCGAGCAGCUCCUCCCUCGCUUUCCAUAAUUUUCCCUUUGCUCCAACUCAAUCACAGAAGAAAAGAGAUUAGAAGAAAAGUCUUAAAACCCGCCUCUCCUCAACUCCCCACAACCUUUCAGCUCUUCUCAUUUCUUCCUGAUUCUUUCCUUCCUCGCCCACCUUUAUUCGUCUCCUGAGUGUGACGUAGGGUUACUACCGGAUCCAUUUCCGUUGAAACUGAAAGUUUUCUCCGGAAGGCGCGGCCAGCAGUCUGGCGGAACCGAGGCAGAGGAGGGAAAAAAGGCUAGGCCAAGGAGCCGCGCAAGCGCAGGCGCGGGAGCCUGAACCCCCGCGCGCGCUUUUUCUGCGCGGGAGUCGUGAUCGAAAGGCUUCUCCUUUCUUUUCUUCUCCUUCUCGUCCUUCUUUGCUUUUUCGUCCUGGAGGGAGUAGAAGCCGCGGUCGGGGCAGUUGAGCCGGCGGCGAUGGCGACUACUGGUAAGAGGAAGGCAGACUCGGACGCGGGUCAUUCUAAGAAGACGGCUUUGGAUCUCGAAGAGACUAGAUGGGGGAAAAGAGGAAGCCUCCUGCCUCCGCCUUCGCGGGCGAUGCUGUCAGGAUUCGUGGAGGGCUCCAUCGUCCGGAUCACCAUGGAGAACUUCCUAACCUAUGAUACCUGUGAAGUAAUCCCUGGACCCAACUUGAAUAUGAUAGUUGGAGCUAAUGGAACAGGGAAAUCUAGCAUAGUUUGUGCCAUUUGUCUUGGAUUGGCGGGUAAACCAUCUUUUAUAGGCCGAGUAGAUAAGGUUGGUUUUUAUGUGAAGCGAGGAUGUGCCAAAGGCUCAAUUGAAAUUGAAUUGUUCAAGACUUCUGGAAAUGUUAUAAUUACUCGAGAGAUUGAUGUGCUUAAAAAUCAGUCUUCUUGGUUCAUUGAUAAAAAAUCUACAACUCAAAAAGCCGUAGAAGAGCAGGUAGCAGCCUUGAAUAUUCAAGUAGGCAAUCUUUGCCAGUUUCUUCCUCAGGACAAAGUUGGAGAAUUUGCAAAACUCAGCAGAGUUGAACUUCUUGAAGCUACUGAGAAGUCAAUUGGUCCUCCAGAAAUGCACAAGUUUCAUUGUGAACUCAAAAACUUCAGAGAAAAAGAAAAACAUCUCCAGAUCGCAUGCAAAGAAAAAAGUGACUACUUGGAAAAAUUGAAACAGACUAAUGAAAGGCAUAAGCAGGAUGUGGAGAGAUAUUAUGAGUGUAAACGUCAUUUGGAUUUAAUUGAGAUGCUUGAAGCAAAAAGGCCAUGGGUGGAAUAUGAAAAUGUUCGCCAACAGUAUGAAGAAGUAAAACAGAAUCGUGAACAGAUGAAGGAAGAACUCAAAAAGCUUAAAGAAACACAGGGCCCUCUAACACAAAAAAUUCAAGAGUAUGAAAGGCAGCGCCGGCAGUUGGAUAAUCAAGUCAAAAUAAAGAAUAAUGACAUCAGAGAUACAUCUUGUAAAUGCAAAGAAAAGCAAGAUGCAUUAGAAAGGAGAGAGAAACAAAUUGAAGAAGCAAAGCAUGCUUUCAGAGUGAAGCGAGACGAAGAAGAUAAUAGACUGCAGAGAAUAAGUAAUACUCGUAAGAUGAUCGAUGAUUGGAAGAGUGAAAUUGAGUCCAUAGGAAGCUGUGAGAAUCUGCAACCUCAAAUUGAUUCCCUUAAUGAAGAUCUAAAACAAGUGCAUGAGGAAAAGUCAGCAAUUGAUGUAGAGAUAAAUGAGAGGCUAAAAGAGAUAGAAAAUCUAAAGAAAGAUAAAGAAACUAUAACUGCUCGUAUUGUAUGCCUUGAUAACCUAUUGAAUCAAAGGGAAGAGAAAUUGAGAAUGAGAUAUCGUGAUACACAUGAUGCUGUUAUGUGGCUAAGAAAAAAUAAGCAAAGAUUUAAGAAAACAGUUUUUGAACCCAUCGUGCUCAUGAUUCAUGUGAAAGACUAUAAAAAUGCCAAAUAUAUUGAAAAUCACAUUCCAUCAAAUGACUUGAGAUCUUUUGUAUUUGAAAGUCAAGAAGAUAUGGAAUAUUUUCUCAAAGAGAUGCGUGACAAUCACAAAUUAAAAGUAAAUGCUGUUUGUAUCCCCAGUAUCGUAUAUGCAGACAGAGUACCCACAAGGUCUCUAAAUGAUCUAAAGAAAUAUGGACUUUUUUCUUAUCUAAGAGAGUUGUUUGAUGCACCUCAAUUUGUGAUGAGUUACCUUUGCUACCAGCAUCAUGUUCACGAUGUCCCUGUAGGAACAGAAAAGACCAGAGCAAUAAUUGAACAGGUUAUUCAUGAAACCAAACUGAAACAGAUUUACACAGCUCAAGAAAAGUAUGUAGUAAAAACUUCUAUUUAUUCAAAUGACAUUAUAUCUAGUAACACACACCUGAAAACAGCCCAGUUUCUCACAUUUACUGUGAAUGUUCAAGAAAGAAGACAAUUAGAAGAUCAGGAUAAGGAAAUAAUUAAAAAAUUUCAGACACUUGAUAUAGAGUUAACAGUCUUUCGUGAAAAAAUCAAACAUCUUGAACACAGAGACAAUGAAUUCAGAAAUAAAAAGAAGGAUCUUCAAGACAGGAAAACCAAAAAGAAUCAACUGGAACAGAAAAUUGGUUCCAAAUUAGAUAGUUUAAAGCUGAUAGAACAUCGUACUUACAAUCUUGAAGAAGAGGAGCAGAAAACAAAUGCCAAAAUCAAAGAAAUUAAUGCCCAAAAAGCAAAGCUGGUUUCUGAAUUAUUGAAGCUAAUUAAGACUUGCACAAUGUUGAAUGUACGGAAAGUAGAUUUAGUUCUUGAGCUGGCUACUGAAGGCUAUGAGAAGAACAAAUUAGAAAGAGAAUAUAAAACUACAAUAUCAAACCUGCGGCAACUGGAGCAACAAUACAACGUUUUUGGGGAAAAAAAACGUAGACUUCUAGAAAAGUGCAAAGAGCUUAUGAAGAAAGCUCGACAUGUGUGUAACCUUGGCCCAGAUCAGAGCAUUCCUCAAGAGUACCAGACAGCUUUCCAAGAUCUCCCAAACACAGUGGAAGAAAUUGAUUCUUUACUUGCUGAAGAGAAGACGAGAGCUUCUUGCUUCACAGGCCUGAAUGCUUCAGUUGUUGAAGAUUACAAAAAAAGAGCACAAGAAAUACAACAGCUUACUGAAGAACUAGAGCAAAAGACAAAUGAGCUGGAUAACUAUAGGCAGACUAUUUCAAAGGUUAAAGAAAGGUGGCUCAAUCCAUUGAAACAUCUGGUAGAACAAAUAAAUGAAAAAUUUGGCAGUUUUUUUAGUUCCAUGCAGUGUGCUGGUGAAGUAGAUCUCCAUACAGAAAAUGAGGAAGACUAUGAUAAAUAUGGAAUUAGAAUUAGGGUCAAAUUUCGCAGUAGCACCCAACUGCACGAAUUAACAUCUAGUCAUCAAAGUGGAGGUGAAAGAAGUGUUUCCACGAUGUUAUACUUGAUGGCACUCCAGGAACUUAAUAGAUGUCCAUUCAGAGUUGUAGAUGAAAUCAAUCAGGGAAUGGAUCCAGCCAAUGAAAGAAGAGUGUUUGAGAUGGUUGUAAAUACUGCCUGUAAAGAAACCACAUCUCAGUAUUUCUUAAUUACCCCAAAGCUUCUUCAGAAUCUCACUUACUCCGAAAAGAUGACAGUGUUGUUUGUCUACAAUGGCCCUUGCAUGCUAGAGCCAAAGAAAUACAAUUUAAAGGCUUUCCUUAGGAGACGACGACGUAUUGGAGUUAGCCGAAUGGAUCAGUGAUGAAAGAAAAGGGGUCUUAGGAAUUUUGCCUUAAAACUAUGUUUAUAAUUACAGAGCUGUUUAAUGAAAAUGAAAAGUUUGCUGAAAUGACAAAGAACAAGAUUUACUUUUGGAAGCCUGCUUUCAAAUAUAAGUAGGGUGAUAAGGUUGAAACCAUGUACUUUGUGCUCCUUUGGAAAAUUUGCUGGUAGAGUUACCCUAUUUAGUUUUUGUUGAUUUGGGGUCCUUAGUACCCUGGUGUUAAUUCAUUGAGGUUCUAUGUAAAAUUUCUAGUAUGGAAUCAAAUUGUGUCGUGUAAUAUGUGAAAAUGCAGAUUAUAGAGUUAGAUGGUUCAUGCUCAUGUGGCUAUUGACAACAGAACAACCAUUAGUUAAAUGUAGAGAGACCUAAGUAAUUUUUAAAACCUAAAAUUGGUUCUGUAAGCUUAGGUCAUGAUUUUUCUUCUAAGGUUCCUUAUUUAACUGAUAAAAAUGAUUUUAAUAUUUCUAGUCUGAAAUGUUUGUCAGUACUCAUUUCUACUCUGAGAUAUACCUUUGUUUUGGAAAAUUUAGAAAAAAUUUUAUGGAAUUUGAA